UCGAAGCUAAUAGCUCAAACACCCGUAGCAUUGAAGCCUCAUCCGAUUUUACACUUCACUUUGAUCUUUUUCUUUUGUGAAAAUGAAAUUCUUACUUGUCUUGACAGGUGUUCAAAUUUCUCAUGUCACGUCAAGAUGAGAUUCUUUCGAAUUUAUAAACUUCUCUCCACUUCUCAUUUGAUUGCAUUUUCUCUUUUCAUCUUCCAAAUCUUGUAACCAUUUUGGGGACAUAUUUUCAAAUUUGUUUAUAUUCUGGAUUGCAGGUUCUUCCUUGUCAGAUCAGGGCUUCGGUUUGUUUUUACUCCUGGAUCUUGUUGCCUCGCCUCUGUUUAACCUGAGGUUUGUUUUCGAAAUAUACACACACACAAACUAUGAUUUCUUCUCUUGUUCUUAGCAUUUCUACAGAGUAGUGUCAUUUUUUUUUCUCAAUAGUUAGGUGGGUUACUUGAUUUCCACUAUGGCACUAGCCCACAGACUGACUUUGUUUCUCUUUUUUUUUUUUUUUUUUUUUUCUGCAUAUAUAUGCUCGAUUAACGUAAAUAUCGUUGAAUAAAUAGGACAGGUUGAACAUGGCAGCUAUAGUUGUUCCUACAGUUCUUAACCGUAAGAACUAUGUUGAUUGGAGUUCUCGGAUUAAGAGCUACUUGUUAGCUGAAGAUCUUUGGGACGUUGUCGAAGGCAGCUAUAGACCUCCUGUAAGAGAAGGUGAAUGUGAUAAUGAGGCUUGGAAGAAGAAGAAUGUCAAGGCCUUAUAUGCAAUCCAGAGUUCUUGCGGGGAUGAUACUUAUCAAUUAGUCAAGACAGAAACCAAGGCCAAGCAAGCAUGGGAUACUUUGUCAUUUCUAUUGAAGCCUGAUGAAAAUCCACCAGAUGAAUAUGCAAAGAUGUCACUUCGUCAAGCGCAUCCGUUUUUAACUCUGACUGACCGUGAUGCUAGGCCAGAGUUAACCAUGGAAGAAGGACGCACUGAAGGAGGAGCAGGACAUGAUGACAGCAAUGCCAACGAUAUCCAUGAAACUUUCGUCAAAUAUGUGAAGUCUAAUGAUUGGGAUAAUGCAAUCGAGUUUCUUGGCAAACAUCCUGAGGAAAGAAGUGCAAGAAUUUUAUAUGGCCGCACAGCUCUUCACUGUGCAAUCUGGAAUUUCAGGAGUUGCAGCGUGCGCGUUAUAGAACAGUUGGUGGAUUUAAUGACAAAGGACGACUUGAAAAUUCAAGAUACUGAUGGUUUCACAGCUCUUUAUACAUUAAUAUAUUUUUAUCCAGAAAUGGUUGAAGUAGCUAAACGCAUGGUUGCAAAGAACGGAGAGUUAAUUACUAUUUUACCUUCUCAUCUCGAGAGGCCUCUAGUUGUCGUCGUGGCCCAAGAGAUGACAAAAGGGGAAAGAAUGGCUCGCUACCUCUAUUCUCUCACUCCUGACGAAAUAUUAAAAGUUCCUGAUGCCGCUCAACUUAUUUCUCUUGGUUUUUAUUAUAAUAGACUUGAUAUUGCGUGGGAUUUGAUUCAACGUUAUCCAAAAUUAGCCAUGACUAAGGACAGCAAGGGAGAUAUCCCCUUAGUAACAUUGGCCAGUAACCGUUUUGCAUUCAAAAGUGGAAGCCGACUCAGUUUAUGGGAAAAAAUAAUCUAUUAUGGUAUACACAUAAAACGUCUUCCUUUGGUCAACAAGGAUAAUCAUAUAAACGUUGAAAAACAUGAAAGCGACCAAAGUGAUGAAGGGCAUCUCUCAGACCAAAAUGAGAAUCAAAGGCAUCUCAUUUCCUUAGGAAUGGGUUUAUUCCGAGGACUACUGACGAAUCUCCAAACACUUUUGGGAAUCAAUCAUAUAUAUCAGAUGAAAUUGAUGCAUGAGCGGGUCAAGCAGUUUUUACCUUUCAUGUGUAAAGCAGUGAAAGCACAAGGUAUGAGUUAUUAUAAAAGAAAGAAAUUGAACGAAGCACUGUGCGUGGCAGCAGAACGAGGGCAUGUGGAGUAUAUUACUCAUUUUUUUAUAGAUUCCUCAUAUCCUGUAGAUGACGUUAAGAACGAAAAAGGCCAAACCUUGUUGCAAAUUGCAACUGAAUGCCGUCACCACAAAGUUUAUAAUUUUAUAUAUGAUCAGUUACUUAAAAAAGAAAAUAUACUUGGCCUUGAUCCAUCCGAUGAAAUACGGGAAAGAGUGGGGUGGAGAGAUUACUUUGGCAAUAAUCUGCUACAUACGAUAGCAAGAAUUACCCCAUUGUCACAAAUUGAUCACAUUCAAGGUGCAGCUUUGCAAAUGCAAAGAGAACUACAAUGGUUCAAGGAGGUGGAGAGCAUAGUGGAUCCCAAGGAUUGUGAAUCUGUAAACAAAGAUAAUAAGACACCACGAAAGUAUUUACGGAGAAUCACAAAGAAUUGGGGAGAGAGCAGAAAAAUCAAUGAAGGAAACAUCAACUUCUUGUACAGUUGUAGGUGCUCUUAUUGUCACCAUAAUGUUUGCUGCAGCAUUCACAGUUCCUGGUGGAAAUGAUGAAAAGACAGGUCUUCCUACAUUCUUAACCAAAAAGGUGUUCACAACAUUUAUAGUGUCAGAUGCAAUCUCACUCUUUUCUUCUACAACUUCAGUUAUCAUGUUUUUGGGAAUUCUCACAUCACGUUACUCUGAAGAUGAUUUUCACAAAUUUUUGCCAACAAAAAUGAUAGCAGGCCUUUUCACCCUCUUUUUAUCUAUUGUCACCAUGAUGAUUGUCUUUUCUUGUGCCCUUUACAUUAUGCUUGACGGGAAAUCAUCAAUUGUUGUUCCAAGCAUGCUACUUGCCAGUGUUCCAGUUACCUCUUUCAUAUGGAUGCAAUUUCCGUUACUUGUUGAGUUAUUCAUUUCUACUUUUGGACGAGGAAUAUUUGAUAGGAACCAGAAAACUUUGUUUUGAAUUCUUAGGUUAUCUUUAGUUAGAUUCGGAUUUGCUACUUUCUAUCAAACUUGUAAAGAGAAGCCAAUGUAAGUGCUUUUAUUUGAGAAUUAUGCGUGCGCUUUCU